AUGAAGAGGUUCAGCGUCUUUUAUUGUUGUUUGUUCUUGGUCAUCUUGUUGGUCCAUGGAGUGUUGGCGAAUACAGUGGAGAAUGAUAAUGUGUUGGGGUCCAAGAAAGAUGAUAAGGCCACGGGGGCUGAAGUUGAGAGUUCGAAACCGAGAUGGUUUGGAGGUGGAUUUUAUUGGGGACGCCCUGGUGGUUGGUAUACUGGAGGAGGUAGUGGUGCGCCUGGUAGAGCAGGUUGUGGUGGCAAUGGUGGCGGUCCUGGUGGUGGCGCGGGUGGUUGUGGCGGAAAUGGAGGUGUAGGUGGAUAUGGCGGAGGAAUGCCUGGUUGGGGUGGUCGUGGAGGCAAUGGAGGGGGCGCGGGAGGAGGUGCUGGGGGUGCAGGUGGAUAUCCUGGAGGAACACCUGGACAGCCUGGUUGGGGUGGCCGUGGAGGUGAUGGCGGUAGUGCAAGUGGUAGCCAAGGGGGAGGUGGUUCAUAUUCAAUGCCAAAUCCUAAUGAUCCUAGGUGCGGAAAUAUUCAAAUGGCUCAGAUUCCUAAUGGAUAUUUGAUUAGUUAUGAUUGUGGUAAUUGCAAUUACCAGUACACUAUCGAUUACAAUGGAAUGACUCCGGGCAAUGGUAGGAUUACUUGUUAUUAG